GCAUGCGCGCUGAGAGGCAGUGAGGGCGGCGAGCGGCCGGGCAGCCCAGCCUCUUCCGGCGUCUUAUGAUCGACGCAACUUCUGGUGGCUCGUGAGGCAGCUCGUGGGGCCGGCUCGGUUGGAAAGCUUCACUCGCAGCGCUGCCGCCGCCAUCAUGGCAUCCCUUUCCCUUGCUCCAGUGAAUAUUUUCAAGGCAGGUGCAGAUGAAGAAAAAGCAGAAACAGCUCGUUUGUCCUCCUUUGUUGGUGCCAUUGCUGUUGGAGAUCUAGUUAAGAGCACCCUGGGGCCAAAGGGCAUGGACAAGAUUCUCCUAAGUACUGGAAGAGAUGGUGCAGUAACGGUAACCAAUGAUGGUGCAACCAUCUUAAAAGCUAUUGGAGUUGACAAUCCAGCAGCCAAGGUCUUGGUCGAUAUUUCAAAGGUUCAAGAUGAUGAAGUUGGUGAUGGAACUACUUCUGUAACCGUCUUGGCAGCAGAAUUGCUACGGGAGGCAGAGUCACUGAUUGCAAAGAAGAUUCAUCCUCAAACUAUUAUUGCAGGUUGGAGAGAAGCCACAAAGGCAGCGAGAGAAGCCCUUCUGAAAGCUGCAGUUGAUCACGGUGACGAUGAAGUAAAGUUCCGUGAAGAUUUAAUGAAUAUUGCAGGGACCACGCUUUCUUCAAAACUGCUUACUCAUCAUAAAAACCAUUUUACCAAACUAGCAGUGGAAGCUGUUCUUAGACUGAAAGGAUCUGGUAAUUUGGAAGCUAUCCAUGUCAUCAAGAAAUUAGGUGGAAGUCUGGCAGACUCUUACUUGGAUGAAGGCUUUCUGCUAGACAAAAAAAUUGGUGUCAACCAACCAAAAAGAAUUGAAAAUGCGAAGAUACUUAUUGCAAAUACUGGUAUGGAUACAGAUAAAAUUAAGAUUUUUGGCUCUCGUGUAAGAGUGGAUUCAACUGCAAAGGUAGCAGAAAUUGAACAAGCAGAAAAAGAAAAAAUGAAAGAGAAAGUUGAGCGUAUUCUUAAACAUGGGAUAAACUGCUUUAUUAACAGGCAGCUGAUUUAUAACUACCCUGAGCAGCUCUUUGGAGCUGCUGGCGUUAUGGCUAUUGAACAUGCAGAUUUUGCAGGUGUAGAACGUCUGGCUCUUGUUACAGGUGGUGAAAUUGCAUCAACCUUUGAGCACCCAGAGCUGGUAAAACUAGGAAGUUGCAAGCUUAUUGAAGAAGUCAUGAUUGGAGAAGAUAAGCUUAUUCACUUCUCUGGAGUAGCUAUGGGUGAAGCUUGCACCAUAGUUCUGCGUGGAGCAACUAAGCAAAUUCUAGAUGAAGCAGAAAGAUCUUUGCAUGAUGCUCUCUGUGUCCUUGCCCAAACUGUGAAAGACACUAGAACUGUAUAUGGUGGAGGUUGUUCAGAGAUGCUGAUGGCUCAUGCAGUCACAGAGCUUGCCAACAGGACACCAGGCAAAGAAUCUGUUGCAAUGGACUCUUUUGCUAAGGCUUUAAGAAUGAUCCCAAUCAUCAUAGCUGAUAAUGCUGGCUACGACAGUGCAGAUCUAGUUGCUCAGCUUAGAGCUGCUCACAGUGAAGGGAAAACGACUUAUGGACUUGAUAUGAAAGAUGGAGUCAUUGGAGAUAUGGCAGCCCUGGGAAUAACUGAAAGCUUUCAAGUCAAGCGGCAAGUAUUGCUGAGUGCAGCUGAAGCAGCAGAAAUGAUUCUUCGUGUAGAUGAUAUUAUUAAAGCAGCACCAAGGAAACGUGUACCGGACCAUCACCCUUGUUAAGUUUUUUUUUUUCAGCCCGUGAAGAUGUGUGGACCAGAUCUUGCAGAGUACUUUUUUUUAGCAGCGUAACGCCUUAUGAGGUUAUGGAACAGAUGUUUAAGACACAUCUCCCUCAGUGACAUGCAAUUACAUUUAUUUGUUUUUAAGUUAUUUUCUGUUUUGUUUGAAAAAAAAGUUCACUUUCAUUUAAAACAUGGGUAGCAUGCAGUAUCCAUAUCCUUGCUGCUCCUUUCCAAUUUUUCCAUCUACUACACUGAAAUAAAAGCUUAAAUUCAUA